CCCCCAUUUCUCUAUUCGCUGAGCGUAUCCAUAGUUAUUUACAACGUCUCCUCUCUGUCACACAGAAACAUACAACAAUGGCGUCUAUGAAAGCAACAGCUGCCAAGAAAGCUCCCUCUAAAACGAAACCCAAGUCUCACCCUACUUACGCAGAGAUGAUCAAAGAAGCAAUUGUGACAUUGAAGGAGAGGACUGGAUCUAGCCAGUACGCCAUUGCGAAACACAUCGAGGAUACCCAAAAGGAUUUGCCGGCGAAUUUCAAAAAGCUUUUGUUGGUUCAGUUGAAAAAACUCGUUGCAGCCGGAAAACUUACCAAGGUUAAGAACUCGUUUAAGCUUGGAGUUGUUGAGAAACCGACCACCGUGAAGAAAGCUCCGGCAGCAACUAAAAAAGUUGUUGCUAAAGAAGAUUCGGUGGCAAAGAAGGCCGCGGCCCCUAAAGCUAAAUCCGCUACUCAAGUGAAAUCAAAGGCGAAGGCGAAAGUGAAGACACCCAUUAAGGCUAAAAAGGCUGUGAAGAAAUCAAUUCCGGCGAAGAAACCAAAGAGUAUUAAGUCGCCGGCGAAGAAGGUUGCAGUAAAGAAGACGAUGAAAUGAGUCGGGUGGAAUGAGUGAUUGUAUAAAUUUGUAGACAAUUGUCUCUAGCUGUUAGGCUAGGAUUAAUAUUGACAGCAUUUUGGCUAUGGUUUUGAUGUAUUUCUUUGGAAUUCAACUGUCGGUCCAUUAACAAUAUGGUUUACUUUUAAUGAAAAUUACUUUGAUGAAA